AUGGCGACAACUCAGGUGCAAAGUUUACUACGCUUCCUAUCCCAGGAUGCCAAAGUCCCACUGGCAACUGCUAUGAGCAAAGUCAUGGAGCUACAGAAGUCAGGCCUCACAUCCGCCGAGCAAAUCUCCAAGACAGAACUUAAGACACUCCAAGACACAUUCAAGGACGACAAGCUGGCAAAGCAGGUGUUCAAUGCCGCAAAGCGGGUAUCCAAAAAGCGGGCACCUCCAACAGAGGGCGCACCAUCACCCCAGAAGAAGACCAAAGGUCCAAUUAAAACAGAAGGAGCCGUUCCAUUUGAAACGGAGCGCCUGCUGUCCCUUCCGGUCUCGUCGGCAGCCGAGGAUGAGCUGUCAAACGUUGUCAUACUUACCAACAGGGCUCCUCUGGUACUUGCCUUUGCUGUUAGUAUCUUGAGACAUACGAUGCCCGAGCAGCCAGUUUCUAGCAGGCUUAGCCUAGCCCAGGCGGUGGUCAGUGCAAAUAGUCGCUCGAAAGCCGCCAGCAUAGGUAUUGCAGAUGGAGGUUCGGCCGAGCAAGAAAGGUGGGGGGAAGGGCAACCGGUGAUCAAAGUACUGGGGAGAGAAAUCAAGGUUCUGAAAAGAUGGGACUACAACCCCAGAGAAGGCCAGCCUACAGGAGAAGACUGCUCAAGCAAAGAUUCAACGUUGCCAGGCAAUCCAGACGAAGUCUUCGGGCAAACCGUAUCCGAUGAGUCAGAAGCUACGCCACCGUUAUGGGGUAUCGACCUUGAAGCCCUGCGUGUACACGAAAAUACAUUGAAGAGGCCCUCCAAAACUAAUAGCACUCUUUCUAUCUUCACACCUAAUUCUGCCCGUUCUUAUUUAUACCGAUCAUUCACCAAACCACGCAGUCAGGAUAGCGAACCGACGGGCAAGUCCAAGCAGAAAAGCGUUUCUGAGGUAGAGAGAGAAAAAGAGGUAUGUCUGGGGCAUCUUUUACGCAGCAUUGACAUGGUCUGUCGGUCCUGGGUGCCUUUCCUCGACAAGGACGAACUAGAUCGGCGAGCCUGGGCUUGGUAUUUACACGUCAGACCUUCAGUUCAAGGUGGAGUCGAGGGUUGGGGAGAGAAGGGAUUGGUGAAGUUGUCGGAUAUCCUAGCUCUGAGAAGGCCACCAUAA